GUAGCAGCUAUAGUUUUUGUUUUUAGUUCAACUUUGUUAUUAUGUUUAUUAUUGUUGUAUUUUGAACAUAAAAUUAGGCUAAAUCGGGGUUUGAACACGAUUUAAUUCGUAUAUUGUAUCUGCAUACAACUAAACCUAAAUUUCUCAUAUUCAAGUACAAAGGAAUGAUGGCUAUGUUUAUUUUCAUCAACGAGCUUAGGCCCAUACCUUGGAAGAUUUUACAAAUCUGUUUCAAAAUAUAAUUGGUUGAUUUUAUAGAUAAACUAUCGACACAUAAUGGACGAUUUCCUAUUUUGCAGUAGGUCCUAACUUAAAGAAUAACAGUACACUGUAAUACAAGAGAAAAUGACAGUAACAUUUAAUGUAUGUCUUGUGUUCAUCAUGGCCUUUGCCUUUUCAAGUUGUCAAGAACAUGUUGGCUACGAUUCAACCAGUUAUAAAAUGAUCCAUGGUGCAUCAGGAUCAAUGGACUCCAAAUCCAAUUCUACAGGAAAAAGCAGUAGCAACUCUAUACUACUUAAAUUGGCCAGAAAGUUUGCAACCCGUUUGAAGGAUUUGGCAGAUGAAGAGUUGGGUGUUAGGAUCAUCAAGGAUGUUGUCGACUCAUUAGAAUACAGUACAAGCAACAACGAAGAUGGAGAAAUUACCAAAAUGCUGAGCAACAGACUGGAAGCAAAAUUAAAUGAAAACUUAAGGGUGCUCAAUCGAACUGUAUCAGCCAUUCAAGGUUUUAAACUGCACUCAAAGAAAUGUUGUUAUGUUAGCGUGCCUUGUCUCUACAUAUGUGAGAAUGGGUCAUUUGAAGAAUCUUACAGCAAUGCCUCAUUGGACUUCAGUAACCUUCCUUUUUCCAUUUUAAAUCUUACAGAAGUGUUUGCUGAGGCAGGAGCUGGAUCUAGAAGUGUGAAAUACUUCAUAUCCCAGCUAGAACCUGAAGGUGUAACUCAUGUGUACAGUGAUAACCUGGUCAGAGACAAGUGUUCCACCAUGGAUGAUCCCCACUUUCAGAGGGUGUUUUUGAAGACAGUCUUGACCAAACCAAAACACAUGGUUCUACUUAUUGACAAUGGAGGUUCACUUAGUGAAAACCAGUUUACAAUCGCAAAAUCUUUAGCCAGCCUCAUAGUGUUGUCGUUGUCAGAGGAAGACAGCAUCAGUGUUCUUGCAGUGUCAGACUCAGUGUCUACUCCUUGUCCUGGACCUAUGCACCUUGCUACCCACUCUAUCAAGCAUCAACUGCUCACAUUCAUUGAAGAUCUCUCCAAGUCAAAAGGAUCAACUAAUCACUCGUUGGCCUUCAGUACGGCUUUCAAGUCCAUCGAGGAGUCCAUUGUAGCAAAGGAAGACCAAGCGACAGUGCUGAUUGUGUAUGUCAGUCGGGGUCUCAUGUCAUCAAUAACCGAAGCCAAAACUGUGAUGGAGGUCAUCAGCAAAGGUCAAGAUAAGAUCGCCCCUUCAGUCGUCAUCAACACUUGUGUCCUCAUUGAUGAUGGCAAGACAAUCCUGUACGAGAAGCACUUCCUGAGUGUGGUUGCUCAACAGAAUUUCAGCAUGUACAACAUCUCCAAUGCCAAGUUCCAAGCAGGAGGGAUUGUCCAAGGGACUACUGUGUCAGCCAACUCCAGUUCCUACUUAGGAGCUGUGGUCAGAGCUGUAUGUUCAUCCCCUCAUACCCCUGUCAACUCUAAACCAGUCUACUUCUUGCCUGUCUGGGACGUUGCCAAGAAAGGAGAGCUGAUGAUAAGCAUAGCGCAGUGUGUCAGACAUUCUGACGGAACUCUUCUUGGAGUUGUGGGUGUUGACUUCCCUUGGGUGGAUUUGAUUGAAGACUUUUUAUACUACAAUGACCAUGGGAAUUCUUACGCUUUUCUAGUUGAUAUCAAAGGAUAUGCUCUUGCUCACCCUCUGCUAAAGCCUCCUUCCAACUAUCUUUUUGAGCAACCUAUUGCCCAAGACAUUGGUAACUUUGAAAUCAAUAAAUUGUUUGGGAAGGUCAGGAGUGUCAUCUUCCAUAACAUUAGUGGAACAUGGAAACUCAACAAAGAACAGGUGGCGUAUAGUUGGCAACAUCUAUCUGCAGCUCCGUACAUUGUGAUACUAAGAAGCAGCAGUCCUCGUCACACUAUCCGCUGGUCCUCAGCUGCACCACCCCCAGUCCAAGUGUCACUGGCCUACCAUAGGCUAGAUCUGGCACCUGUACCUCCCAGACUCUGUCGAAGCUUCAGACAACUGGCUUCCCAAGAUACUGCGAGCCUGUUUCUGAGCUCGUGGUGUUUCCAGUCACCUUACAAGUACCUGAUGUCUGAACAGAAUGUAUCUCAGCUGAGUGUACAGAGCUACAUGGCAUACCUUAAGGAUACAACCUCCCUCCUGGCCAACCCCGGCCUUCGACCUGAGGUGCGGCCUGAACUCAUCUCUGCUGUUCCCAUCAUCGCUUACUGGAAAAAAUUCUACAUCAGCAGCAGUCUCACCAAAUACAUCAUUCGCAAGUACAUUGUGACUGGUAGUGGUGCUGUGAUGAUGUAUCCUGGUGGAGUAGUAGAUCACAGAGUAGAUGUACUUCGCCACUCGUGGUACCACAGAGCCACUCAGACCCCAGGCCUUGUAACUGUUACUCCUCCAUACUUGGACUCUGCUGGAGCUGGCUACGUCAUCACUCUCAGCAUUGCUAUUGGAAAAGACCCACUCAAGUUUGUUUUGGCUAUUGACUUUACUCUCGGAGCAUUAUACCACCUGAUGGUAGAAUCAAUACCGUCGUGCUCUGCACCUUUGGACACAGUCCCAGGCAAUGUCAAGUGUUUUCUGAUGGAUGAUAGAGGCUACCUCAUCACCCACCCUAGUCUCAUUGACCCCCAGACUAAGGGAGCGGCAGAUGAACAACACCAUGUGACGCAUCGCGAGUCUCUACUUGCCAACGAUCUGCUCAAUCACAAGGGGUUGGUAGAGAAGCUGGUGUGUAGUGACUUAUCCAGCAACACUGUCCAGAGGUUUUACCAGUUUAACCUGAGUCUGGAAGGAGUAGUAACCAACGUGAUAUCUGGUGAGCAGUGUGUCCGCUAUCAGCUGACUCGACUACCUGGAACCAACACAUUCCUGGCCGUAGUGAACACCACGUGUGAUUUAGUCACUGCCUUCUGCCCCUGUAAUACAAUUGACAGACAUUGCCUCAACUGUAACCGCUUGGAGCAAAGUGAGUGUGAAUGCCCAUGUGAAUGCCCCUUGGAGACGGGCACCUGUGAUACCCCCGCAACACAACAACUACCCCCACCAUGCCCUCACAUAUCAGAACCUUCCCUCCACAUCCCCACAGCUGUGCUGUCAUUGUUACCAACUGUCAAGCCGUGCUUCCCCAUAGCCUGUGAUCAGUUCACGUCUUACAAAGAUUGCCUGGGAGUGAUAGGAUGUGAAUGGUGCCAACUACAGUCAGACGCAGUGACCAGGUUGUCAGCCCCUUUCUGUGCUCACCAAGCUUACUGUUAUAACGGCAUUCUGGGCUCUACAGGAGAAGGCCCUUCUCGAGCUAUAGAGGAUGCAGGCUUGCAGACAGGAGUGGUGGGGUUAAGCUCAGUGGCUGGUGUGGUAGCAGCACUGUUGUUAGCUCUCGGCCUCAUGGUCUACUGCUGCUACAAGGUUAGCGCUAGACCAACCACGGGACCAAGCUACUCUGCCCCUGACUGCUCUCUUUACAUGUUCUCUAUGGACAAGAGUCAUCACAAGAUGCUAGAGGAUCCACCUACAGGGGCAAACCAAGGACUAGUGUCCAACGCUCAGGAGCUGAGUGUGGCUCUUCUCAGUCCGGCCAGCUCUGUGUCUCCGUACCGUAUGAGUGCUGGAUACCGUAGACCAGCCACGGGGGACAGUGACCACGGCUAUUCUACCAUGACACCUCACGAGGAUACAGAACCACCUCCUACCCCUACAACAACACACUCCCUUCCUGAGACACCCCCUCCUCACCACACCCUCCUACCUAACCCUGUACUGGCUCCUGUCACUGUACAUAUGGCCAUGGAACCUUGCUCAUAGACCUUGUCACCCGUCACCGUGUCACCACCGUUGUUGUGGUUGUCACCAAGUGUUGUUUGUUGACAGUCAAAACUAGAAAUUUGAAAUCUCAAAACCUAAACAUGGAACUUUUUACUUGCCUAGAUAAGGUUAGAAAAAAUACUGGUAAUAAUAAAAUGUUUUUGUGAAAUCAAAAAUUGAAAGCAAUUUGACCCCCGACAGCCACUCUUGAAUUUUUGACUGAUUAGGCCACUUUCAAGCUAAAAAACACUAUUGCAAACUAAACUCCUGACACUAAUGAAACAAGAACGAGAUUAUUACUUUCUUUAAACCUAUAAAAACAUCAUUAUUUAGAAACAACAAACACUGAAAUAAAUUGAACUCCUGACAGUGUAUUUUCUGUAAUAAACAAUAAUAAUGGUACAAUCAAUUAUGGCUGUUUGGUUUUGAAUCACAAAACUCUUUGAUCAAACCUCCAAACUAAAACUUUUCCAAAAUGUUGAUAUUUUUGAGAUUUUUCAGUUUUGACACAUCACUAAUAUGUUGUAUGAUAAACCACAAUGCCUAGGAAAGGAUUUUUGACAUCCACUAUAAUAUAUCAAAACAACACAAUGAUGAUUGAUAAACGACUAUUUUUAUAUUUAUACACAAACCAAGUUAAAUUUUAUAUAUGACUCUAAAACUUUGAUUAGAAGUGUUAGUUUUUUUACCAUUCUACAAUGUUUGAAAUAAGUUUGCAACUUUUUAUAGGACAAUUUUUAUAUGACCAAAAAAUAUUGCUCCUUGUAAAUCUUAGUUUAAGUGAAGUUACAUGGUUUAAAUAGUUAGGUUGUAUAUACUCUAAUAUUAAGUACGGUUGUGACAACUUGGUGUACUUAAAACAAAAAACUUGAUGGUCUUGACUUAAUGUGAACAAAGUGAUAUUAUCAGCAGCUCAGAAGUGCUAAAAUCAAUCUUUGUGUGUAUAUCAUGUGAUCAAAACGAUCAGUUUUAUAGUGUAAUCAAGUAACAAAAGAACAUUUUUGUACUAAGUUCCUUUUAGUCUUGUAUUUGUAUCUGUAUGAGAUUUGUUUAUAUAACUAGCUCAGCCAACAAUGGCCUUAUAAAUAAGAGAUUUAUCAAAAGUAGUUGCUGUAAUAAUGCAUUACUUGUGUAUAGUUGUACAGAAUUUACUAUUUAAGGUUAGCUAAUAGAGAGCGUAGUUAAAAUAAUACUCCAUAAACAAAUAAAAUAAUACAAGCAUUUGCAAUAGUCACUUUAUCAAGGAUCUAGCUUUAUCAUGUUGCUUACGUGAAAACCUCAUGGUUGUGUAUUUUGUUAGUUUAAUUAUGGUCAGAGGACUCAUAAAAUGAACAAACCAUCCUACAUAACUCAGAGUUUGAUCCUAUAGUUUUAUUUUAUAGAUUUAGAAAAACUGAUAAUCACUUUUUAGUAGAAGUGUGCGAGAGGCUUAAUUGUAAAAGAGGAUCAAGCCAAACAUGUAUCGCGAUUGCGGAAAGCAUCUAAGAAGAUCACUUGUUGAACUAAAAUUCCCAGAAGGGGAAUUCCUCUCCUAUUUAUUUUUUGUUGGUUGUCAAACCAAUAUAUUUUAGUUUCUUUCCAUUCAAUAAUAUAUUUUAAUAAGUUAAGGUAUUUAUUUUUAAUAUGUUUAUUUGAGUUCUUAGUAUUUGACUGUAAUGAUGUCAUAAAAUUUUGACUUCUAAAAAAAUAAUAAGUUUGAUGAAAUUUAUUUUAAACUCAGUGUCUUGUCUCAUCACACUUGUAUUAACUCUCCAUCAUAGCAUUAAAAUGAAACUGCAUUUUGAUUAAGAGAAUAGAGACUAAUUAUCUGUAUAUGACGAUGCGACUCUUUUAUUAUGUACAAAAGCUUGGCUUGAUUAUAAUUCUCAAGAUUGCACACCUCUACUUUGUAGUUUACAUAGGCUAUAUUUUAGUAUUUAUAUCGUAUGUCAGUAUUAUGAAGCUUAAACAUUAUAAAUUGUUAUUUGAGCUCUUGAGAAAUCUUUACACAGAAAACAUUAAAAAUGUUAAACCCUCUUGUUUUGGAUGUUCUGGUUUCCAAAAGAGUUCAAUGUUUUUUUUUUGUUUUCUCUCGUAGAUUUUGGAAUUAUUAAUUAUGAUCCAUUAGGAAAACAUAUUCUUGUUUUAUUCUACUUUUUGUGAGUAUAAAAGUACACUCUUUCUUCAAGGCUUCUUGAAAACUAUUGCUUGUGUAGCUAUUGCAAUGAAUAGAUGAAUAAUAAUGGGAUUUGUUAUUAUUCAUUGGUCAUAUAAAAUGUAAGUACAGUUAGUAUGAAGUAUUUGAUUUUUUCUCUAUGAAAUUUUUAUUUUGUGUAAGUAAAUUAUUUAAAUAUUUGACGAUUUAUAUCAAACAUUGAUAGAUGUAAAUUAAGUCCUUGAAUGGUUUAUUAUUGAUGGGAUUGAGCAAGCACUAAAUUGUAUUUUAAUAAUUUAUAUAUGUAUACUCUAUUAUAUUAUUUGUUCAGUAUCAAACUAUAAUUAUUGUCUAAUGUAAGUAGAAUUUUCUUAACAAAUCAGUGGAAAAAUGGGUAACAAAAAUCAAACAAACAUGAUCGAGUUGCAUUGUUUCAACUUUCUAUGUUUAUUUUUUGUUUGAAGAGUUAGGGACAGUGUUACUGCCAUUCUAAAGGCCUAACUUAACGUUUUAAGAUAGUGUGAAACUACAAUAUCUUGUAUUUUGUCUCCACAAUGAGGGUUCCAAUGUGGUUAACAUAGUACAACCUUCUGACAAUUUCUCAAUUGCCUUAUUUAGAACUAUUACUUUUCAUAUUUCAUUUAAUGUUUUAUAGUUUGAAGGAAUAGAUUUAGAAAAUAAUGUUUAAAUAAUACAUUUGCUACUAUGUAAAAAAUUCAACCGUCCCAAAGGGUUUCAAAUGUUUACAAUAUGUUUAUCAAAUCUAAUUCCUGAAAUAAGAUGCAUCGAUAUCUGUGAUCUUUCUUAUUCUUGAAUUGAUACAUUUUGCUAAUAAAAAUUCGUAAGCUGAAAAUUGGAUUGUAGAUCAUGCAAAUAAAGUCAGCAUCCCUGUGUAGUAGAACCUGACCUACAGCUAACAUGUUAUAAGUUCUAAUUGCUCAAUUAUAGCUUAGAAUAAAUGUAUGAAGCCAAUAACCAUUGCCAUAAAUACUAAAUAGAUGUGUUAUUUUGUAAUUACUCAGAUUUUUCAAAACUGAUUAUUGAUUAUUAAAAAUGAAAAUUUCUUGCAACUGUUUACCUAUUCUCUUUGUUGUAACUAUUACAAACUGUUGUACAGAGUAUUUUUGUAUAAUUAAAAUAAUACAAAACUUGUUGUAUCAGCUGUUACAAUUAUGUUAACUACUCUUGUGCCUUAAUUUUACCCUAGUGGUGCGUCUUACUCAAAAUGUUGAGGCUUUACUUCAAUAAGACUGUUAUUUCUUUACUUCAGUAUUGUAAUUUGUAUUUUGUAUAUAUAUAUAAAUUUUACAUGUUUUCUAAA